UUGAAUAAAAUGUGUGUUAAUUGCACCAGGUCUUUCAAAUAUUAAAACAAUAGAUAGGCAUGUUGUAGCAAUUAUAUUUGACAUUGACCUUCUAAAGAAGUAUGUAAAUGAAUGAAUAUCCAUAACUAACUCGGUAUCGACCAUUGUGUGGAAAGAGCAAGAAUUGGUAUAGAUGAUAUAGAAACAAAACAGAACAGAUUAAAACAACCAUGAUUGACAAGAUCAUAGAGAAAUAUGAUUUUGUACAUCCCCCUGACGGAACGGAUUCAGAUCUUCAUAAUGAAUGUUGUGAUCUCAAAGGUGUUCUCCACGAAGGUGUUAAUAUCGAAGUUCUGAAAAAAGCCGUUAAUAUUCUGAUGAGCAAAAUAUGCAACAAAGAUUUUAUACAGAAUGUUACAACUGAAAAAGAUGGCUGUAGAAUAGCAUGUAAUGCAGUUGCGUGGAUAAGACAUGUAAUAGAGAAAUGUACAGACGAAGGAACGUUAUCCAUACCAGAAUGCCAGGACUGCUUGUUUGACUUCCUUCUGACUAUGCUUCGCUUAGGUCCUACAACGGCUUUUGCUGAUGUAAUUGACAAGCUCAUUGCAGGCGCAGCUGACAUGAACGAUCUGAUGGAGAAUCUAAACGGCAAAAAACUUACUCAAUUGGUUGCAGCCCUCAAGGAGCACAAAUAUAUACCAGGGGAUAUGGAAUUUAAGGAGUACAAAAGUAGAAUGACUGAUUUCCUGAAAGGUUUUCUAAAAAGGUUUAUGAAAGGAAGAGACGAUUACAAAGAGUUAGAAAUUUGGACUGCAUUUCUGACCUUUACACAUUUUAUCUCGAGCACACAGCAGACCUUCCGGAAACACUUCAUGUCCUAAUGCAGUAUUGCACUAAUGUAGUGAGAGACUGUUAUAAAGGCAACAAUCCAUACGAGGGAUAUCCUGAUGGGGAUGUUCUCAAACAACAUUUACAGAGGAUAUCUGCAUUGGUCUUGUCACCAGAUUUUCCCAAGGGUAAAAAACAGCUUGAGAUGGCUACAAAUCAUCUUCAAAAACUUUGUUACAUAAAUGAAGAGGAGUAUAAAGAACAGAGCGCUGCUUUAAAGCCUGACCUUUUAAGACUAUUCAAACAACUCGCUGCUUCCAACAAAGCACAAGAAUUGGCGAGUUUGAUAGAACCGUUAUUAAACCUUCAUAAUACAGUACAAGAAGCUGCGAAUGAUGAAAAGGAAAAAGCUAUGGGAGAACUGGCGUUUAAAUCAUUCGGAGAAUGGACAACACAAUAUUUGGAACUUCUUGAAAACUUUAAACAGUCGGGGAUUGAAGAUGAAUAUGCACCAACGUUAAUUACAGAAACAAGGGAAGACUUUAAGCCAAAAGAGAGCGAUGUACAGCACUGGUUCAAAAUCACCAAAGCUAUGUGGGCAAUUCCAACAUAUAAAAUGCAGAAAGGAGUGAGAAGAAUUUUGGAUAACAAUAAUCUAAAGUUGAUGUGGAAUUGGAAGCAAAAUAUUCAUGAAGCUAUAGAAAUGAUAGAUAUAGUCGAUAAGCUGAACUUGCCAACAGAGGGAGAUGAAUGGGACGACAGAAGCAUUGUUGAACAAUGUGGAUCAGCUGUAUACAAUCUAAUAAAAAUGCUACAAGUUCUUAAAAUUGAUCACAUGAUUAUGACUGAAGUUGGACGAAUGACAAUUAACAAAAUGAAACUGAGAUCGCUACUCUCCUAUAAAAUGAUAGGGGAAUACAGUGGUGAAAUUGAUUUUGAGAAAUGUUCUGAGGUUUGCCCUGAACUGAUGAAGAAACUCGAAGAACUUAUACUUGAUCCAGGUUAUCCUUGGCAUGAGUUUAGAUUUACUAGUAAUGCCAUUACAAUUUUUAGAGCAAUAUGGUAUGCAUUAAGGUCAAAGGAGGAUAUACCAACAGAAUACAGCCAGUCCAUGAUUAAAGUGUUUCUCUUCUGUAUGGAUGAUGACUGUAAUCUCUUGUCCCCCUUAGACGGAAGUUAUACUCUUCAUGGCCAACUACUUACUGGAUAUAUGUCAUACUUUAUUCAAAAGCAUUGCUCGGCUGGUUUAGGCGACGAGUGUUCACCUCUCCUUAAAGUGUGUCUAAAAUAUAGACACAAGGAGGAAGACAAGCUAAAGGAAAUGACAAUUGCAGCCUUUGAGAGUGCAUCACAGUACUGUCCAAAUAUUUGUUCAAAAUUCUUACAGCCUCUUUUAGAUUGGUACAUAGAAGAACAUUUAGGAAGUCUUGUGGGCGUAUUUGCCAAUAUAGUUGAAGACCCAGGUAGCCAUGAUCGUUUUAGUAACGUGAUGGACAAAUUUAUGGAUGCAUGUAAAGACCAGUCUGAUACCUACUACAGACAGUUGGUCAUGUUCGCCAAAAUUGCAGCUGAAAAACCAAAUAUGUUUACAAUGAAAGCUGUAGAUAUUAUAAUGAAAUAUCACUACAAAGACAAAGCACUCAAGACCCAGGUUUUAUAUGGGAUCAUGGACAACAUAACAAAGAAGAACCCGCAAGUAUUUGCCCACCAUAUGAAUACUUUAAUGGCAGACAAAUCUAUACCAGUCAUGGAACAAAAUUACAUUAACACAGUCCUUCUUAAUGUUACUAAAUCCAUUCAGAAAUUUAAAGAGCCAGUUUUUAAGUACUUAAUGAAGUCACUUAAAGAGACGAACGACAUAACUGCCAUACACGUGAAUCUGAACUCGCUCAGACAAUUUGCUGGAGUGCAUGGUCUUGAUUUGCUACGUUCGCAAAAAGAAUACUUUAGAAAAAGGAGAGAAAAAGAAAAAGAUGUUGACGUAAAAGGCGGCUUUACUGUUAUUAUUGACCAAAUUGAGGGAAGAAGUCUUGAAAAAGUGGACCAAAACAUCAAAGAAACGCAGGAGGGUGUAGACAAGCUUGAUCAAAGAGUGACUGGUACUGAAAAGGUUGUAGGUGAUCUGACCACUCGAGUAGAUGAGCAUGACGAAAACAUUCAGGAAUUAGGAGAGGGGCUUGAUACUGUCACACAGAGGGUGGACUUUGCUGAAAAAGAUAUUGAGGAGACAAAAAUUAAAGUGCAAGAAAUAGAUAUGAAGACAAUGACCAAUGCACCCCGAUGGUCAAGAGAUUUAACAAAGAUAAUGAAUCCACAAACAGAACAUGAUUGGAGAUUACUGGCCCAACGUCUUGGUUAUAGUAAUGAUGACAUCAGAGCGUGGGCAUCACAACAUGAUCCUUGUAUGGCUGUUCUCAGUGAAUGGUAUGCUACACACAAGACAAGGGAGGCAAACUAUGCUGUAUUAACAGCCUUACAGGAAAUUAGCAGAAUGGAUGGUGCUGCUAUUGUGGAAAAUGCUAUGAAAGCUGUAGUUGAUGUGGUAGAAGAGGAAGAAGUAGAUUACUCAUCUCCACCUCCUGUUUUCCUUAGUUACCAGUGGGGUCAUCAGGAUGAGGUCAAACUUAUCCGUAACCACCUACAAAUGGCAGGAUACGAAUGUUGGAUGGACAUUGGUCAGAUGGGAGGAGGAGAUAAACUAUUUGAGAAAAUUGACAGUGGCAUCAGAGGAGCAAAAGUCAUCAUUUGUUGUGUGUCAGAAAAAUAUGCACAGUCUCCAAAUUGUAAUAGAGAGGUAAAUUUAUCUGUUAGCUUAGGUAAACCAAUGAUACCACUGCUAAUGGAGAAAAUGGGUUGGCCACCAAAAGGAUCUAUGGGACCUAUCUUCAGCGAGUAUCUUUUUGUCAGAUUUUUUCAGCGAGUCGGAGAAGAAACAGAUGAUCAAAGGAUUUGGCCUGUUGCAAAGUUCAAGGAAAUGUUGAUGCAGUUAAAUUGCUACGGCAUUUUACCAGAAGAAUCAUUGAUUGAUACCAUGUACAAGAACUGGUGGAUUCCUGUACAAGAAGUGAUAGUUAUAGAUAAAACAAAAAAGAAACGGACGCAAUCUGAGGCAAAACAGAAGGAAUCAAAGAAUGAGGUCUGGUUAAAAAGAAAUACUUUUGAAGAUUAA